GCAAUUCGCUUCUCCCAUCGUUCUAUCCCACCGCCCAGCCAAGAAGAGAAAUGUAGCAGAGCCUUCAGGCUAGCAAGGCAUCACGUAGGAGCUCUUUAAUCGGCAUUAUUUUCCAGGAAUAUAUUUGGGAAUAUUCAUAUUUUCAGCAUUUCUCCAUGCAGAAUCUCUUGCACGCAUUUUACUAUGGACUAUGUGACAUAGAAGACACUAAUUGUAAUAUUGAUGGUAGCAGACGUGAAUUGCCAUUCUUUGCUGCCUGUUUCAACAGACUUGUUUGGUCUGUCUGUCUCAGCUUUGGCCCUGGCUCGACUCGACUGUCAAUUUUGAGGGGUGCAUCGUUAGGGUUGUCGUAAACGAAGCGAACGGCACUGUGUGUCGAGGAUUUUCCAUUGCUGCGUUGUUGUAAGGAAGGGCAAAGAGGUGGCAGUGUUGGGACCCUGAGGUGACGCCCAGUGUAUCUGGACGAUGUUACACUGACCCUGUCUGAAGGGAUGAGGAGAGUAGUGAUGCAGUGAUGACGGCCACCAGUUUUAACUGCAGUGUCUGAGAACUGACCACACAUCCGUCAGAGAGGAUGGAGAUGAUGGACUUCCGAGGUCUGAUCCUACAGUGAACCCGCCCACCGACCCACCCCCGGAGCGACAAGAGGAACGAGGGCGGCCGCAGGGGAUCGCAGGGCGCCGUGCUUCCUCCAGCAAGGCUGAUGCACAUCCUCUCUUGGUCGGUCAGUUCACUCCUCCGAGACCGCCAGGAUGACGUGCGGCCCCAGCGGUCCGACCGCCUGGUGAGAACCUCACGCAGGUGUGGUUGUGUGUGGGCCGAAGGACAAUGGACAGAACAAUGAAGUACGAGGGCCAGUACGAGGGGCUGUGUGGCGAGGGAAGGCGACCUCCAGCUCAAGUCCCUAUAGGUUGGCAACGGAAGACCCACCACAAUGGAGUUGUCUACAUAAGUCCCAGUGGCUCAGUGCUAGCCUGCCUGGAGCAAGUGAAGAGCUACCUGUUGACCGAUGGCACCUGCAAGUGUGGGCUGGAGUGCCCUCUUAUUAUUCAUAAGAUUUUCAACUUUGACCCUGGGGCUGCAGUCAAGCAGCGAACGGCGGAGGACGCCAGAGCCGACGCUGACGUCACCAAGCUGUGCAUCCACAAGAGGAAGAUCAUUGCCGUGGCAACCCUGCACAGAAGCAUGGAGUCCCCUCACCUUGUCAGUGGUGGCACUGGCACUGCUCCCAUGGGUCCCAUGAGCCACCAAGCAAUAAGAAAUAAUAUGCACAAUGGUCCACCCAAUUCUGUAGCAGCGGACAGUAAGAAUCCUUAUAAAAUGUCGAUGUCUAGUCAGCGGUACUAUCAACAUGAACUGGGUUCUUCACCUCAGAGGGAUCCGUACUUGUGCCAUAGCAGGGCAAGGCUGGGCGGCGGUGGCGGCGACCACAAUAGCCAGAGGUCCCCUUACCGCAGCCGCCAGGGUGUGCUGCUGAGCCCUCCGUCCUCCACCUCAUGUGGCUCGCAGCAUUACGGAGACGGGACUCCCUCUCCGAGGACUGACUCUCUAAGGAGCCCCGACCGAUCCAUACUUGGUUUCCACGGCACGCUGAGCCCUGGCUCUGCCCACGUGAAUGGCGAGCGCUUCACCCCUCUCUCACCCCCCGGCAUCCUGCUCCACGGCUCACCUUCAGCCGUCCAGCCUUCGUGCGCCAUGGCUGGAAGGACUAAUGGUCCCCUGUCUCCUACUAUCAAUGCCAAAAGUCCUAAUAUGCAGAGGUCACCUUGCAGCUUCUCUCAUAACAUGGACUAUCAGCAUCAGCCCCAGUCACAUCCCUCCUUGUCUCAGCUCCCUCCCUGCAUCCUACAGAAGAAUCAGGUGACCUCUGAGAAAGACCCUCUGGGUAUUCUGGAUCCCAUUCCAAGCAAAGCCCCCAGCCGGGAUCCCUCACUGCUGAACCCACCUGGCGUCCACAGUGCCCAACCUCAGGUACCAUCAAUGAAUGUAAACAUCCCCCCUUCCAUCGUCCCUCUGCCAAGCAACCUCCCUUUGCCUACUGCAAAGUCUGGACCUGUCGUGCACGGUCAGAGGGUCCAGCAUCCACCCGCCUCUUCGGUGUCUUCGUCCCCCAUCGUGUCUCCGGUGCACAUGGCAGGGCCUGGCCUGGCGAGGGUGGAGGAGUCCCCUCACCGGUCACGGUGCUCCUCAGCUUCUUCUGAGCACGGGGGUUAUGCUCUGUCCUCGGGGCUCCAGGCGUCUUGCGGAGGCUCUAAACUUCCUCCCCGGUCCCCUCGGCCUUCCUUGCCCCCGAGCUCUGCGUACAAGCAAGACCAGCUCCAUCACUUGAAGGACGGUGCGAAUCAGCUGCUGGGAGGGAUGAACAGUAGCCUAAGCAGACACCCUGGCUCCAUGUGCCCUCCGGUGUCUGGAUCCGAAGGUGCCCUUCACAGUAACCACCAAGGAGGAAUGCCCCUCAACCAGCUCCUCGAGCAGCAGAAUCCCUCCUCCUUCCCAGCCAGCAGCCUACUGUCAGCAGCAGCCAAAGCACAGCUAGUAAAUCAAAACAAACUCACGGACGGCACGGCAGGGGCAGAGGUGCGGCCCAGCGGUUUGGGACAUCCGGGGCUGGUUGGUGGAGGGCGAGGGGGAAAUCAUGAUGGACACGGCACUUUAAACCCUAGAUAUGUACCCAACACUGGCCCUCUUUCAACUGAAGUCCAAAGUGGGAGAGCAGCUCUCAGAGACAAACUCAUGGCCCAGCAGAGAGAGGCGCAUCGCAAGCGGAAGCAGCCCAGUGACGGCGGCGAAGACGUGUCUUUUAACAUGUUAAAGCAUCCGAUGAGUGGCGCUGGCUCCAGUACCUCUGGCUACUCAGAGCCCAUGAGGAGAGCUCUGCAGCCGGGAGGACUGGCACCUAACACCUCCAUGGCCCAGCUGCUUCAGUCUAUGAGCAACCAGAAUGCCCACAAAGGGCCCAACCAUGUGGGGCACCACCCUGCCAGGUCUGGCAAGUCCCCCUUCUUUGAGGAGAGUGUGCCUCAGAUGUCGGCUUUGCAAAUGCUGCAGAGACCUAAUCAGCACCAGGGCAGAACUGAGAUAUCCAGCUGUCAGAACUUCAAUAGUGAAGGUUACUGUGGAGGCCAGGAUCCCGGUAUGGAACACUUCCCAGGUCUGAUCAACCAAAUACACGACCCUGCGAUGGCUGGGAGCUUCGGGCCGUUGGGGUACGGAGGACACGAGGUUGUAAGCUCUGUGGGCAGUUCAGUCCCUCACCGUCAGCAGUUUGGACAUUUCCAGAAACCGUCCCAGGGCAACCUCCACUUCAGAGACAGGACAGGGCUGCCUCCCAUGAUGUCCAAUGGAGGCCAAACCUUCCCUGAGUCAGGUGAGGGCCGCUCUCUAAGCUGUGAUCUAAGACAGGCUCAAGAGGACAGUCUGCAGUCUCUCCUCAGGACCAGCCACGCACUGCAGCUCGGCCAGUCUGCAGCACAGGGCCAGCCUGCAGCACAGGGCCAGUCUGCAGCUCAGGGCCAUCCCUCUAACCCUAUGGACAGCCUGCUUCAGAACUUCCAGGUGGGUUUGCCUGAGAGGGUCCCGCUCCCCAACAGAACAGUAAUUAGUCGUCCUGGGGUCAUGUUUUCCACCGGCGCCCCCCUGAACAGCCAGCAGGAGUACCAGUCCGCCCAGGGUCUCCUUAGCAGUGAGGCAAACUACCGGGCACCAGCGGGCAUGGCCAGCAAGACCACCUCCAGCGUCAUCACGUCGAUGGCCCGCGUCGGUGUGUACACAGAUUCUGUUCCCGGCGAGCCCGUCAACCUUUCCCAGGGCGCUACUCACUCAGUCAUCCACGGCCCGCUCCGCUCCUACCCUCAGGAGGCCGAGCGACGCCCAUCCAGGGUGGGUCGGCCCCGCAAGAACCCCGACAAGACCAGCACCUCCCCGGCCGCUGUGGGAGCCCCGGUGCGGCUCCGAGCCCCCCGGCGUGGCACCCAGCGGAGGCCAGCGGUCCGGGAGGCUGAGGCCCGUCAGGGUCUGUGGUGUAGCGAGGAGCUCCUCCAGCAGAGCUCCCUGGACCUUCACAGGAACGGCUCCUACUUGGAGAGGCCCAAGGGCUAUCCCAACCCCGGGGACCCUGCCCUGUCCCAGUUCAACGGCAUGUAUUCCAGACCCGGCCUGGUGACCCACAUGAAUGGUGGAGCCAUGUCCCCUGGAAGGGCUCACCCCAAACACAUCCAGCCCCCAGGAGGGUUCUCUUCUCCAGAGGGCCACUUCGUCAAGGACUACAGUCACUACAACGGACACUUGAAUGGCCAUCCGAACGGACACUACAAUGGGCAUUAUAAUGGCCAACUAAACGGCCACUGUGCACUCAGUGCUCCAGGAAUACAGAGUAGUGGCAGCGAGGAGGACCCAGGGCCUGUUGACCCUCUUUUCUCCACCAGGGGGCUUCACCAGAAGCCUAGGAGCCACCCGGCUGGAGACCUGCUCUGGGGCCAGGGCAAGGGCUUCCCUCCCUGGCCAGGGAAGCCCAGGGAGGAGGGCCACAUCUAUCUCCCUGGCGUGCUGAACAGCAUACAGGACAAGGUAGAGGCAGAGAGGUUCCACAGGACACUGGCAGAAGACCUGGAAGCCCUACAUAAAGCUAAGAUGCACAGGAAUGGCAUGGAACUGAACAACCAUCUAGAAGCUGCUAUACAAGACGCAAUGACUGAGCUGGACAAAUUAACGGGCAAUUUGUCUCAGAGAGACAGACAGGCUAAAACCCCCAAACCCAAGAGGAGGAAAAUCUCCAGAUGACAGUGAAUGUUGGGGCCUGGUCCUCCAGCCGGUUCCUGUCUUGGCUCUGGCAGUUCCUGAUCCUGACACAACGCUCCUUCACCGCCACCAUCCCCACGGCACGACAGUCAGAGAACAAGGAUCGGGGUUCCUGUCUUUAAAACUGUUAUUGAAUUCACAUACUUCUUAGACUAGGAUCGGAAAGUUCUAUAAAAAAAACUUUUUAUGAGAACCGUCUGUGUUUCAGACUGGUGUACAUAGGAAUUUAUCCAUUAUCAUAUUCUUGAAUUAAUUGUGAUUAUUGUUCAGUGUUGUCAUCGGUGAGUCAGUUGGAUUGUCCAAUGUACAUAUCAACACGGUCCGUUCUUUGGUUUCAGUCAACCGUGUGACUGGGUGUUUCAUCACUCCCUGCCUAUGAAAUCCCAAGUAAAGUUGAAAGACCUGGGCUUGUCCCAUUCACUGCUUUUGUGCAUUAGGCAUGCAAAUACCUCCAACCACUCAACCUGCAUGUUUUCUUUACUGAUUUUGAAUGUAUGUACUGUAAAACUACUUUGUUGAAGAAAAGAAAAAGCCAUUUUGGGAAGGGGCCAAAAAUAUGCCUCUUAAAUUAAGGAAUUAUUUGUAUUCCCAAAAUAAUAUUUAUUUUCACAGAAUAUUUUUGAUAAAACAGAUUUCCUGUUACAUCUGCAAAAAACGAACUAAAAAAAAAAAAAAAAGUGAGUUUCAAAUGCUUAAUGUAGAACUCUGUGUUAUGGUGUUAAAGCAUUCUCAAAUUAGUAAUUCUACAAACCCUUGAGAAAUAAAUACAUGUUUUGCCAAAAGUGUUAUGAGGAGACGAAAAAGUAUGAAAGCUCUCAAUAUGUAAUCGAUAAUGUUGAAAAACAUAGUUAAACACUAUUUGUAACUUGACGGGUCAAUAAGCCUUAACAGUAUUAUAUCCUGCACGUAUACAGUAGGUGCAGAAAGUGACAUCAGUGAAACCUUUGCUUUCUGCUUCUUCAGAGUUUCAGUGACCCAAGAAAGUAUUACAAUUUAGUUUGAUUCGAGCAUACAGCCAAUAUCAAAACUCAUAUCUGCCAAAGCUACUCAGUGUCACAGAUUUGGCAUUUUAGUUUAUAUUAUCUCUAGAGUCUAUUUUAGUGGCCUUAUUUUUCUUAUUUAAAAUGUUUUAGUGUUAGUUUUUCUCUUUUUUUGCAUUUGUAAUUUAUUUAUAAAUGAAUCCCAUAUUUAUUUGGAGAAAUGAUGUUUAGCAAUAAUACUAACAAGAGUUUAACACUCUGAAAAGCCUUAGAGUAUUAUAUUUUUCUCCUGGACACAGAAACGGACAGUAAAAUGUAUAUUCUGUUAAUGUAAUAUUAAAUCAAUUGUGUUUAUAGGAAGUGUACAUUUAUGGACUUCUGUGAUGUUUGUUUAUAUGUUUUAUUUGAUUUUUACAUAGUAAUAGAUGGUCAAUCUUCUUUUCAUUUUUUAUACUUGUCCAUUUGACCAUUUGGAUUAGUGUUGAUUUAAAUAUAUUUCUACAUUCAAACAAAUGCUAAUUUAAGAUUAUAUACUAGUGUCCAGUGUUAAGGAUUGUCAUUAUGAACGUAUAUUUGGUUUUGGUAUUGAUUUAAUCAUGAACACUGCCGAGGUCAUUACAGCACGCUGUAAGCAAAAUGCUAGUUUUGUUGGAUUUUGAGUGAAAAACCUCCCACUGUCAUGAUGACGAACUCUAGGAUUUAAAUUGAGGUAACAUAAGAAUCUCACAUUACUCUAAAGUAUCAAGUAUUUAUCACGAAAAAGCAGUUUGUUGUAUUAAAUGUCUGUUAUGAAUGUCUUAUGUUUCCCUCUGACCUCUUGUCUCAUUGCAGUGAUCAUGACUUAAUAAACAUUUCCCAAUACAGUGACAAACUUUAACCAAUAUCAGCCUAUAUACAUAUUCAGUAAUUGUAAAUUAUAUAUGAUAACUUAUAUUUUUGUUGAAUUAACUUUUUUUUCAUCUCAAAAAGACUUGCAUUUGGAGGUUGUUAUUUGUUAAGAAAUAUGUGUUAUGCUUUGUAAGUAAUUUGGUAGUGUAACAUCUAUGAAAUGUUACAGCAGUAUGGUAACAUCUUCUUUUGUCCAUCUCUACAGUCUACAAUAUGAAAUUUGUUGUAGAAUUUAAUUGGUCUGUUUCUACAUGGCAUAAUUUCCAAACGAUGCCUGAACUAACAGGCAGUGAAGGGUUGCUUUCAUGUCUAUUCCAAAGGGAUUUCAAAUCAAAGUAUUCCGGUAAUUUUGUAAUAAAAUAUUCAAACAAAGAUGUGGAGCUGA